AUGGCCGGCGGCCGAUCGCCUGCGCCGCGCCGCGCGGCGUUCGCGGCAUUGGUCACGCUCCUCUUCCUCGCCUGUGUCUUCUUCUUCCUGUCGGCGACCACCAUCAGCACCUCAGCCCCAAACUCCCCGACCGCACGGCUGGCCGCCGUGCGCCGCCACGCCGAGGACCACGCGGCCGUGCUCGCCGCCUACACGGCGCACGCGCGGCGCCUCAGCGUCGACUCCGCCUCGCAGACGGAGUCCUUCCUCUCCACCUCCUCGCGCCUCUCCGCGCUCGCCUCCCGCCUCACCCUCUCCACCGUCGCGCUCCUCGAGAAGGAGGCCCGCGGGCACGUGAAGCGCGCGCGCGCCCUGGCGGCGGGCGCAAAGGAGGCCUUCGACACGCAGUCCAAGAUCCUCAAGCUCUCCGACACCGUCUUCGCCGUCGGGCAGCAGCUCCUCCGCGCCCGCCGCGACGGCCAGCUCAACUCCCGCAUCGCCGCGGUCUCCACGCCCAAGUCCCUCCACUGCCUCGCCAUGCGCCUCAUGGAAACCCUCCUUGUCAACGCGUCCUCCGCCGCCGUUCCCGAAGCCGUCGUUCCGCCACCGCCUGAGGAGCUCACCGACCCGUCGCUCUACCACUACGCCAUCUUCUCCGACAACAUCCUCGCGGUGUCCGUCGUGGUGGCCUCCGCCGCGCGCGCGGCAGCCGAACCCUCCCGCCACGUCUUCCACGUGGUCACCGCGCCCAUGUACCUCCCGGCCUUCCGCGUCUGGUUCGCGCGCAGCCCGCCGCCGCUCGGCGCGCACGUGCAGCUCCUCACCGCCGCCGACUUCCCCUUCAUCAACGCCUCCUCCUCGCCCGUGCUCCGGCAGGUCGAGGACGGGAACAGGGACGUGGCGCUGCGCGAGCUGGACUACCUGCGGUUCUACCUGCCCGAGAUGUUCCCGGCGCUAACGAGGGUGGUGCUCCUGGAGGACGACGUGGUGGUGCAGCGGGAUCUGGCCGAGCUGUGGCGCCUCGACCUGGGCGGCAAGGCCAAUGCAGCGUUGCACACAUGCUUCGGCGGCUUCCGACGCUACGGCAGGUACCUCAACUUCUCGCACCCCGCCGUGCAGGAGCAGUUCCAGCCCCGCGCGUGCGCAUGGUCCUACGGCGUCAACGUCUUCGAUCUACUCGCCUGGCGGCGCGACCAGUGCACCGAGCAGUUCCACCGGCUCAUGGAGAUGAACGAGAACGGCACGCUGUGGGACACGGCCUCCGUGCUCCCGGCGGGGCUGAUGACCUUCUACGGCAACACGGCGCCGCUGGACAAGUCGUGGCACGUCAUGGGCCUCGGCUACAACCCGCACAUCAGGCCCGAGGACAUCGGGGGAGCGGCCGUGGUACACUUCAACGGCAACCUCAAGCCAUGGCUCGACGUCGCCUUCAACCAGUACAAGCAGCUCUGGACCAAGUACGUCGACACCGACAUGGAGUUCCUCACGCUCUGCAACUUCGGCCUCUGAAUUCUUUGAAGAGCCCCCACCACACGGGUUAAUUUAAAAUGGAUUUUAAAAAGGCAUAGGAGGUUAAUUGAUCUUUUUUACAACAAAUCUUGCGCAUGAAAGAAUUCUCACCACAGUGGUGUGAAUGGGUGGCAAGAUUUGUACGGUGUGGAAAUGCCGGAAUUAGAGUUAAUGAUGACACUGGCCACUACUUUCAGACUUUAAAGCAUUGAGGCAACAGGAUCCGUUAUCCUUGGUGCUUUUUAACCUUGUUGUGAAUAUGUUGUCUAUUCU